UAGGCACAUUGAAAGCAUGUGUAGAAGAUUCAUUUGGGCUGGAAAUGACGAGAAGAGUAAAAGAGCGCCGGUGGCAUGGGACCAUGUUUGUGAUUCGAUUGCAAAUGGUGGAAGGAACAUCAUAGCCUUAGGGGAAUGGAAUAAAGCCACCAUUGGCAAACUUCUAUGGAGCUUGAGCGAGAAGAAGGAUAAAAUGUGGGUUAAGUGGAUGCAUAGUUACUACUUGAAGAAUGGAGGGAUGGAGGUUUACCAGCCCAACAGCAACAGUUCAUGGUUAAUGAAGUCCAUAUGUAAACAUAAAGCUGAACUGAUGUCUAAUGAUAUUUGGGUUGAAUUCCAGGCCAAUGAUAUGUAUAGCACUCGUAGAAUGUAUCAGCAUCUGCGUGGGGACAAGCCAAGAGUCGAUUGGAGGAGGUUAAUGUACACUAACAUGGCUAGACCAAGGGCUGUUUUUACUCUUUGGCUGGAAAAUAGAGGCCAUUUAUUCUUUGAGUGUGCAUUCACAAAGAAGACAUGGAAGGAGAUUCUCAACAGACUUGGGCUGGGAUAUAUCCAUAUUGACUGGAUAGAGAAUACUGCUUGGCAACAAGCUAAAGGGAAGGGCAACAAAAUGCGUAUUUUCAAAGCUGCGCUGGCUGAAACGGUUUACCACAUUUGGUGGGUGAGAAACAGGAUUUGUUUCCAACAGGGGAGGAAGGAAGAGCUUCAAAGCCAACAUGUUCAUGACAUCCUUAUGGGUAGAUUUAGAAUGAAUAGAAAAUUGACAGCGUAUUGUAAUAGCCUUUAGUGGCAGUUGAUUGUAUUCGAGUCGGUUGGGGCCUGGAUCUG